UAAAGCGCUGCCUGUCCCUUUGUGGGAAUACGCCCAUCCUAGGAAAUGGGGGCUUCCUGUUGUUUUAUAGACCCUUCCUGUUAAAAUAGGUUGAGAUAUGUAAUCCCAAACCCACUUGGAGGGGAAGACUGAGGAUUGCCGGACAAAAUGACCGAAUCCAGCUCCUCACGCUUCUUUUCUGGCUGUUUGAUGACUCUUCUCAUUUUGGGACAAACAGCAGUUGUGUGUCUGAUAGAUGAGAAGGUAGCGGCGCAGCCCACCACAAUCACAUACUCCCAGUCAACAGAAGCAAUGACUGAGAUCAUCAAUGCCACUUAUCCGGAACACACCCUACCGUUUGAUUGUGGUGAUAAUGUCCCAGACUGCUUGGACUACUGUAACUUCUGCAAUUACGCUUAUGAUGCGCCCACGAUGGAGUGUCUUCAGGACCUACUUAGACUUCUGUGUAUCCACAAUUUUGAAGCUUCAAUGGGAUCACAUAACAGCAGCGACUGGUGCCUUUGGAGUAAAGUCAGUGGAGUGUACAGCAACCUCAGUCACUGCACGGAGAUGAUCUCUGACUGUCUCCACAUCCCGUGGCCCAACUCUUUGGUGGAGCAGACCUUUGUGGGAAUUCACUCUCAAUAUUUUGCAGACUGUCCAACAGAAGAACUCAUUGACCCUCCGCCUGGAAUCGUAUUUGCUCUGGUCAUCACUCCCAUCUGCUUGAUCCCAGUCAUGGUCAGCCUGGUGGUCCUGAAGACCAAGAACGGUGAUGGAAGUUCCUGAUGAGCCUGGAUGGCAGCUGCGGCUGCUUCUUGUUAUAAAAAAAAAAAAGAUCUGGCUGAUCCAGCUGUGACUUCCGGUCAUAUUGUCAGCGUUUUAAUUGCACAAAAUGAUUCAAAUAAAGUUGUAUUUAGUAAUAUGAUUCUGCCGACAAAAGUUCUAAAGCUUGCAUGGAACACUUUUUUAUUGACAAAAGGGCAGAGAGAAGCCUGGAGGAUAUACUCGGUAUGAGUCAUUGCUCGUGGAAGUUGGGGUGUCAGAGGUCACAAAUGAGACACAACAUGUGAGUACGCCCUGCAGAGGAGAGCCCCUUCCUGGUAUUGUCCAUUUGUGAGAAGCAUGGAACCAUCUUCCUCUCUCCAAACACCGGACUCACGCAAAUGAACUCAUAUGAAUAAUAUAUCGACAAGAAGAGAGAUCUUCGCCUGGUGGUGUUAUGACGACGAAGCUUGUUUAAAUGCUUUCACAACUGUAUUUAUAAAGUUACUGUCCUGUAAGAUUGUGAUGAAGUGAAAUAUAUUUAAUACU